UGUGCCCAAGCCCGCGAUCGCCUACAGGACACCUUUUCCUUUUCCCUUCCACCCAAGCCACACACAUUCGACGCUUGCUAGGCCGCGCCGCCGCCAGUCGCAAUCAUGGGUCUCGCUUUUUCCAAGAUUUUCGACAAGCUAUGGGGGAAGAAGGAGAUGCGAAUUCUUAUGGUCGGUCUCGAUGCCGCCGGUAAAACCACCAUUCUGUACAAGCUGAAGCUUGGUGAAAUCGUCACCACCAUCCCCACCAUUGGCUUCAACGUCGAGACUGUUGAGUACAAGAACAUCCAGUUCACCGUGUGGGAUGUCGGUGGUCAGGACAAGAUCCGUCCUCUGUGGAGGCACUACUUCCAGAACACCCAGGGAAUCAUCUUCGUCGUCGACAGCAACGAUCGGGAUCGUAUCGUCGAGGCCCGAGAGGAGCUCCAGCGCAUGCUGAACGAGGAUGAGCUGCGAGAUGCCAUCCUGCUCGUCUUCGCCAACAAGCAGGAUCUGCCUAACGCCAUGAAUGCUGCCGAGAUAACUGACAAGCUCGGCCUCCACAGCCUGAGGCAACGCGCCUGGUACAUCCAGUCGACCUGUGCCACAUCCGGAGAUGGUCUCUACGAGGGUCUCGAAUGGCUCGCCACCACUCUCCGAAAGGCUGGCCACCAGUAAAACAAUAAAAAACCAACAAAGACCCUCGACUGGUAGAGCUUCCCGCUCUACAUCCCGCUUCCCUACCGCACACUCCCGC